AUGCACGAUAUCAUACCCUCUCCGAGGAGCACAGUCGCGGAUGCACCUCUCCCAGCCCGACCCAUGGAAACCAGCUUCCCCCAUGGGGGUCUUGCGCUCGGGUAUCAGAUUGGCUCCACCAAGAAUGUGACAAGGGAGGCUGCACAGCAGAGCAAUCAAUCAGAACGCACUGCUGCUGCCCAUUUCGCAGUGUGA